UACUAUAUACCUUCCUCCUAUAACCAUUACCUUCUGGUGUAGACCCUCCACUAUAUACCUUCCUCCUAUAACCAUUACCUUCUGGUGUAGACCCUCUACUAUAUACCUUUCUCCUACAGAUACCCAUUACCUUCUGGUGUAGACCCUCCACUAUAUACCUUCCUCCUACAGAUACCCAUUACCUUCUGGUGUAGACCCUCUACUAUAUACCUUCCUCCUAUAACCAUUACCUUCUGGUGUAGACCCUCUACUAUAUACCUUCCUGCUACAGAUACCCAUUACCUUCUGGUGUAGACCCUCCACUAUAUACCUUCCUCCUAUAACCAUUACCUUCUGGUGUAGACCCUCUACUAUAUACCUUUCUCCUACAGAUACCCAUUACCUUCUGGUGUAGACCCUCCACUAUAUACCUUCCUCCUACAGAUACCCAUUACCUUCUGGUGUAGACCCUCUACUAUAUACCUUCCUCCUAUAACCAUUACCUUCUGGUGUAGACCCUCUACUAUAUACCUUCCUGCUACAGAUACCCAUUACCUUCUGGUGUAGACCCUCCACCAUAUACCUUCCUCCUAUAACCAUUACCUUCUGGUCUAGACCCUCCACUAUAUACCUUCCUCCUAUAACCAUUACCUUCUGGUGUAGACCCUCCACUAUAUACCUUCCUCCUAUAACCAUUACCUUCUGGUGUAGACCCUCCACUAUAUACCUUCCUCCUAUAACCAUUACCUUCUGGUGUAGACCCUCUACUAUCUACCUUCCUCCUACAGGUACCCAUUACCUUCUGGUGUAGACCCUCCACUAUAUACCUUCCUCCUACAGAUGCCCAUUACCUCCUGGUGUAGACCCUUCUAAACCUAAGCACUCAAAAUGUCAUACCUGUCAUACCUUCCAUACUGUUCAACCUUCCAUACUGUUCAACCUUCCAUACUGUUCAACCUUCCAUACUGUUCAACCUUCCAUACUGUUCAACCUUCCAUACUGUUCAACCUUCCGUACUGUUCAUCCUUCCAUACUGUUCAACAUUCCAUACUGUUCAACAUUCCAUACUGUUCAACCUUCCAUACUGUUCAUCCUUCCAUACUGUUCAUCCUUCCAUACACUUGGAAAUUACUUAUCAUUGGACAAACAAUGAUAAUAAACAUAAUUCUCAUUCACUGUGAGGUUUACCAACUCAGAGACAAAUGGCCUCUGUUCUAUGAUCACACCAAGCACACUCUCAUUUCCAUUUUUCAUAGUUCACUGAUGAUAACGUGUCCGCUGGAGCUGCUGACUUCUUUCUUUCUUUUAUUUAAGAUGGUGAGGAAGGCACUUUUGAAGUACAACCAGGCAUCCUCUACUGACGGGAUGAGGUCAAUAGCCUUCCAGGAUACCCGGGCCUGGUCGAAAUUCAAGUUGCACCCUCCUCGGCCUUGCUAUCUCACUUUUAUUUGAAUGUUAACCGGUAUAAUAAUAAUAUAGCAAUAAAGAAUCAGAAGAAAUAUAACCCCCGAUAACCAAUACAACAGGCUUUCACCAGCUUCUCUGCUCUAUCCCCUAAUAACCAACGGAAACGAAUACCACAUUUUUUUUAACUAGGCAAGUCAGAUUGGGAUCGUGGAAUUCUGCGAGGGGUUAGGGUGCCAUCUUCAUGAUCUGGUAACUCUUCCUAGAGCUCGCCAGUAGAAUAAGGGAGUAUGGACUCAUUUAGAAAAUGUUUUUUAGCAGUAACAUCAUGUUAUGCUUUUUGACAUUUGUCUUAUAGAUGUUAUUAAGAAAAGGUUAAUGUCAUAAUUCAUCAUAUAGUCAAUGUUUGUCUAGUUUCCUGAAACAGAAAUGAAAUUAACUUAACUGUUGUUAUGAUCUGUGCUUUUUAGAGGUUAUCAUGGAAGGUGACUUCAGAUCGUGUUUUAAUGCAUGAAUUUUUGACCACAGACAGUGUGUGUCAACCUCAACACCCUCAAAACCCUCCCUAACCGGCUGAAGGAAGAGCGGCAAAGGCGUGCUAUGAGAGACAGUGACUUUUAGCACUCUGAGUCCAGGCCGUAAACCAGGGUCGGGGUGCUGAGAGCGUGGAGAGAGAGAACAAGCUCAGGGUCGUCUGAGGUUCAGGUUGUUGGACCGCCUGACCGAGUCGUUGCCUUAGCUGGUGAUGACGUCAUUCUGCCAUGUUUCCUGAAACCCAGUAACAGUGCUGAGGACAUGGCAGUGGAGUGGACAGGAUUGAAACUGAAAACAAGGAACGUCCAUCUUUACCGUCAAGGUCGAGACUCCAAUGAGGAUCAGUUUCCAUCCUACAGGGGAAGGACAUCAAUGUUUCAUGAAGAACUGAAGAACGGCAUCGUCUCCUUAAAGCUGACCAGAGUUACUCUCUCUGAUGCUGGAAGCUACAGGUGCUUCAUUCCAACACUGACCAGCCAGGUGAAGGAAACCACCGUUCAACUCUUUGUUGGUGCUGUAUCUCAGCCAGUGAUCUCUAUUGAUGGAACUAAAGGCUGGGGGGUGGUCCUGAAGUGUGAGUCUGGAGGCUGGUUUCCUGAACCUGAGAUGGAGUGGCUGGACAGUUCUGGAACCAUCCUCCCUGCUGAUGGACCUCCAGAGAGACACAGAGACUCAGAGGACCUCUACGCUCUGAGACAACAUGUCACUGUGGACCAGACUGACACCAACAGGUUCACCUGUAGAGUUCACCAGACGGAGAUCAAUCACCUGAAGGAGACAGAGAUUCAUGUCCCAGAUGACGUGUUUCCUAAAUCACACGUAGGGUUGAUUAUUGGUCUGUCAAUACUAUUAGCUGUUGUAGUUCUCGCAGCUUCAGCUGGUGUCUACAAGUGGAGAAAAUAUACUGAAGAGCAGAGAGAACGACUGGAGGAACAAGAGAAUGAGUGUAGAAAACUACUGGAAGAACAAGUGAAGGGCUUCAAAUUGAUAAGGGACAUGAAGCGUGAUGCCAAGUUUGUGAACAGAAACAAGGUUCACCUCAGUCAGAAUGUUACCAUGGUGACCAUAGCAUUUUACUUGAUCUGUUCUGAGAGGUACUCUGAGAUCCAUGUUGCCAGGACCAGACAGGACCAGAUGAGACUGUUCUACGAGGCUCUGGACUCAGGAGGGAAAAAGGUGAAAUCAGACUUUUACAGGAUUCUACUGGAUCUGGAACCUGACCUUGUCAUCGACCUGGGUGCCAUAUUUGUGGACGACCAUAAGGAUCAACUCAUUCAGAGGGUUACCAUGGUGAAGUCCAUCCUUCAUGAGCUGUUUUACGAGCAGUUGUACUGUAACACCAGGAUCCACCAGAUGACCAGCCAGGAACAGAUGAGACAGUUGUACAAGGCCCUAGAAGAAGCAGACGACCCAAGGAAGGUGAAAUUAGACUUUUACAGGAUUCUACUGGAUCUGGAACCUGACCUUGUCAAAUACCUGGAGAAGAGAAAACUACUGGAAGAACGAGAUGAACUUCUAAACCUGCCUGGACAUCUGGAGGUCAGAAGACCGAGUGGAUCAUCUGCAAGUUCUAAUUGGAUGGAAGACAAUGACUUGUAUGAACUGAAUAAAAACCUGACUGGACAGCUGGGUGGACUACAAGGAGAGCUGAACAAGGUCAAAAUGGAGAAGGAUGGACUACAAGGAGAGCUGAUUGAACUCAACGAAAAGCUGCGGAAAGCUGAAGAGACCAUCCAAUCCCUCUCCACCUCUCCAGGAGGUCAACAGGAAACACAGACUCCUUCCCAAAAGUCUGAGAGGAUUGAAGGGAUGGAGAUGAAGUCUUUACCAGGUCCAGGGAGGAAGUCUGUUCCUGAGAUGAAGCCUUUACUGGCUGCUGGGCCACAGAAUGAUGAUCUGGAUGAGAUGGAGAGGGGAGGAAGAGUUACUACAGACAAUAACUCUAUGCUAUAGGGUUACUAUAGAGACUAUAACUCUAUGCUAUAGGGUUACUAUAGAGAGACUAACUUUCUAUAGAGACCUGUCCCACCUAACAAAGCUGAGUUUCUGAGUAUAUAACUGAGUGAUAUGAAUCUUGGUAAGACAAAGUCAUCUGAUAAACGUGUCAGUCAGUUCUCUAUAAUCCACUUCCAGUAGUUCUUUACUUUUUGAAGUUUCACUACCCAUGUCUGUUAUGGGUUUAUAUCCAUUUCCUGGUUAUUCUAUAUAUGUUUUCCCCAUAAACAAUGUCUUUCUGAUCUCCCUCAGGAACUGAUAGAGUUGAAUUGAAUGGAAUGAUGGACUAAUGUCUCCUGUUAGAAUCUGUUACAGACUCUGAUGAUGGAACAAGUGAACAAGACUGAUAAAACCAUUUGUUGAAAUGUUUAUUUCUAUUGUAGCUUCAAUCUGUCAGCUUCUAUUGUAGCUUCAACCUGUCAGCUUCUAUUGUAGCUUCAUGUCAGCUUCUAUUGUAGCUUCAUGUCAGCUUCUAUUGUAGCUUCAUGUCAGCUUCU